AUGGAUGAACCGCCGGACGUGGAAACUCUGGUCGCGGGCUUGCUGGCGGAGAGCGAGAGCGCGAGAAAGUAUGCCGUCUUCAAACUGAAGAGUCUCCUGGGGGAUCCGAGUUUUGCGGAUGCGUUUAUCCAGGCGGAUGGGUUGGUGCCGCUGCGGCAGGCGGUGUUGGAUACGAGUGGGAAUACGCAGGCCUACGCGCUGGGGAGCUUGGAUGCGUUGUUGGAGCUGGAUAUGGGGUGGGAGUGUUGUGAUGAGGAGGUGUUGGAGAAGGUGAGUGAGACGUACACCCACCAAGGGGGAGAAGAGAGAGAGAGAGAGAGAGAGAGAGAGAGAGGUGGGUUUUCUGAUUGACGGGUUGGAACAUCGCAGGCACUCUCCCUCGCCGUCUCGCAUCCGCUUGUGAAUAUCGUUCGCAAUGCCCUCACGCUCCUCGUCCUCGUCGUUUCGAGACCGAUAGACGCCGAGCAAGCCGACUACGAAACGCCUACCGGUUUUCGCGCGAUCAAGCCUGUGCUGGACAACUAUCCUACCUUUCUCGAAUCCCUCGUCCAGCGAUUAAACGCGUCCGACCACACCCUAUGCGCCAAUGCACUGCAGCUGGUGAAUGCCCUCAUGAGGGACGCAAUCGUACAUGGAGGAGAACACGAAUGGCCAAAGUUCAUCAAGAGACUACAGGAUCUGGGCGUGAUAGGAGGCGUAGGCAUGCUCAUGCGGGGGGAUGCAGCAAGUGAUGCGGAUAGCCCUCUGGCGUUUGCCAUUUUGGAGUUUCAAAGCCUGAUCAAGGUGCUGCUCAGCAAGUGGAGGGACGUCAUGGUGAACGUGGAACUUGCGGAACACAAGAGGGCCCUGAAGACGAUCCAUCUGCUCAGUCGGCCCGAGUCCUAUGUCCCUCCUCCGGCUAUCGAGGGAGCCAGAGUGAGGAAACAUCACCCGGAGAAAUGGCGGCGUCUGGGCUUUGAGUCGGAGUCGCCUGCUUGGGAUUUCGACGAGACGGGAUACCUCGGUAUGAUGGAUCUGGUCGAAUACUGCCGGCGGAAUGAGGAUACAUAUCACAAGACGCUGCUCGAGCAGUCGGUGCUUCCGAAGGCACAACGGUGUCCUCUUGCGCGAGCAAGUCUCAGCGCAACUCUGAUUCUCUACGAGCACUUCGAAAUCGACGAGACGACAAUGGCGGGAGUGAAUGACUACCGCAACAGUGUUUAUGGAAGAGCAGAUCAGACCGUCGACAAGCUGUACAAGCCGUUGCUACUCCAAUGGGGUCGCGUACACGCUGCUGCGCUGAACGCUUUCAUUCGACUCUGGAAGGACGCAAGCGCCGAGUCCGAGGACUUCUAUAAGAUCGAAGAGGUGAUCCGGACCAUCGUCGAGCGCAUCGUCGGGUCUGCUGGCCGGAAGACGGAGGUGAGCAAGGUGGAGGAGGAACUUCGAGUGGUCAGCCUGGAUGCGGCGAGGAAAUGGCAGAUGGAGAACCUGAACGAGGUAUAUCGGGAUGCCUGGGGCCCUCAUCUGGAGCAGGUCCGGGAGCAGCUGCAUCACGAGAGCUUACAGUUCAUGAAAGAGCAGCGUAUCCGCUGCUUGCUGCAAGGGUCGUGGUUCCCUACAUCCGCCUCGUCGGCAGCGAACGCGGCUUGGCGCUACGUGAGGCUGAGCCAUAAUCGGAGAUGGCUACACUAUGAGAACUACUCGGCCAGAGGUGAUACUGAGCCGCCACUGACGGAGUUGUCCGAGAAGAUCGAUCUCAAUGCCGUGACGUCCGUGGACAGUAACGUGUCCGCCGCCGAACACCCCUUGCUCCAAUGGAACAACAACAACAACAACACCAACUCCAGCACCGAAACGCUCAAAGACUCGACGCGGGACUCGAUCGCUCGACAACCACAACAACAACAACCAGGCUCCUCCACCACCACCAAAAUUGCCAUCCUCGGAACCUCGCCCCGCAGCACCACCAAGCCGCCCAGCGCCGGCGCCGCCCCGGGCGGCGAAACCGUCCUGCUGGAGCUCUUCCCGCCGACCGCCCACCUGGCCUCCGAAUGGCUCGACGGGCUCCUCAUGUUGCUCAACCAGCACCCCAUCACCAAGGGCACGACGCGGCUGAUCGAAAUGCUGGUCGACUGGGGCGUGAGAUUGCGGAUGCUGAACCUUCGGUGGGAAGAUGUGGACUGGGAGGCGCUGGAAAUGAGCGUCAAGGGCAAUGGCGGCGGCGGCGACGAGGCGCGCCGUCCGGUCCCGAGUAGGGCGGGGACGGAGGAUGCGUAUUGGUAUGCGCUGCCGGAUGAGGUUGAUUCUUGA